AUGAGGUUGCUGCUUCUAUCGGCAGCCCUUCUGGCCGUCCCAACGUGGGCCUUCUCGAUCUCUUCGUUAUUCGGAAAUGAUGAGCCAUUGAAGCCGUACCUUCAUCCGCUCUCGCCACCUGAGCGUGAUCCGAUGAGCACUCGCUCGAAACGACAGGCAUAUCAGGUUUACGUUGAUGGAGAUGUAUCGGUAACGGUGGACAAAUCGGGACAGAAAGAGACCGGCAAUUGGGGACCAUGGGUUCCGGAACAGCAGUGUUCGCGAACGUGCGGCGGCGGUGUUCAAAUCGAGAAGCGUCAGUGCAGCGGACAAUGCACCGGAGCCUCGGUUCGCUACGUCUCGUGCAAUCUGGACGAAUGCCCUGGAAAUCCGGAUUUCCGCGCCGAGCAAUGCGCCAAAUACAACGAUGAGCCGCUCGACGGAAACUAUCACAAGUGGUCGCCGUACAAGGGUAAGAACAAGUGCGAGCUUGUCUGCAAACCCGAAUCGACAAACUUCUACUACAAGUGGGCCGAUAAGGUCAUCGAUGGAACAAGAUGCGACUCGAAGAGCAACGAUAUCUGCGUUGACGGCGAAUGCCUUCCGGUUGGCUGCGACGGCAAACUCGGAUCGUCGUUGAAGUUCGACAAAUGCGGAAAAUGCGACGGUGACGGCUCGAGCUGCAAGACGAUUGAAGGGAUCUUCGACGAGCGGAAUCUUUCGCCGGGAUACCAUGACAUCAUCAAACUUCCCGAAGGAGCCACCAACAUCAAGAUUCAGGAAGCACGCAAGAGCACAAAUAACCUUGCCCUCAAGAACGCUUCCGAUCACUUCUACCUUAACGGAAACGGAUUGAUCCAGGUUGAGAAAGAGGUCGAAGUCGGAGGAACCAUUUUCGUCUACGAUGACACUGAGCCAGAGACCCUUUCUGCGAUGGGACCACUAUCCGAAGAUUUAACCGUUUCUCUCCUUUUCCGCAAGGGAAGCAGAGAUACCGCCAUCAAGUACGAGUUCUCGAUUCCGCUCGAUGAGGAAGUUGACUACAUGUACAAGUUCGACGCGUGGACUCCGUGCUCGGUGACGUGCGGAAAGGGAGUUCAGACACGCAACCUCUAUUGCGUCGACGGAAAGAGCAAAGCGCGCGUCGAGGACGAGCUGUGCGAGGAGAACAACGCGACGAAACCGGAAUUCGAGAAGACGUGCGAGACGGUCGACUGCGCCGCCGAAUGGUUCACCAGCGAAUGGGAGUCGUGCUCAGCGACGUGCGGCGAUCGCGGAGAGCAAUAUCGUGUCGUCUACUGCCAUCAGGUCUUCGCCAACGGCCGUCGAGUUACUGUAGACGAUGGAAACUGCACUUCGGAGAGACCAGACGUGAAGCAGAACUGCAACAGAUUCGCGUGCCCCGAAUGGCAAGCCGGACCGUGGUCGGCGUGCUCGGAAAAAUGCGGCGACGCUCAUCAAUACCGAUCGGUGACGUGCCGCAGCGAGAAGGAAGGCGAGGAGGGCAAACUGUUGCCGGCCGACGCGUGUCCAGCGGAGAAGAAGGCCGAAUUCGAGACGGAACGCACGUGCAACUUGGGACCAUGCGAAGGACUCAAAUUCUUCACCGGCGAAUGGAAUCUUUGCACCAAGUGCAACGAUACUGAAGAGACACGAGAGGUCACAUGCAAGGAUACCCAAGGAAGAGCCUAUCCAUUGGAGAAGUGCUUGACCGACAACUCGACCGAAAUUCCGUCGGAUACUCGCUCCUGCGCCACCCAGCCACCAUGCAACUACGAAUGGACUGUUAGCGAAUGGAGCAAAUGCUCAACCGAAUGCGGUCAUGGACACAAGACCCGUCGAGUUAUCUGUGCUAUCCAUCAGAAUGGAGGACUCGAUGUUGUCGACGAAGCUCAUUGUCAGGCGGAGAAGCCGGAAACCAAAACGAAUUGCACCAAUGAAGAGAAGUGCACUGGAACAUGGUACACCUCGUCGUGGUCGAAGUGCUCCGCUGAGUGUGAUGGUGGAUCACAGGAACGCGUUGCGGUUUGCCUGAACUACGACAAGAAGCCGGUUCCGGAAUGGUGCGACGAGGCUGAGAAGCCGAUUGAGAAACAGGACUGCAACACCGAUCCAUGCCCGACAUGCUUCGAUUCCGAGUUCGGAUGCUGUCCGGACAACUCGACGUUCGCCAAGGGAGAAUUCAACUUUGGAUGCUCGAACUGCUCUGAGACUGAGUUUGGAUGCUGCGCCGACAACUUCACCACCGCCACUGGACCGAAUGCCAAGGGAUGCGACGAGUUCGUCGAGUCGCCACUCAAUUUGGCUGCCGCGGUUGCCGAAGACGACGUGGAGUCUUCUGGAGAUUCGCCAAGAAACCUUCUCACUUCCGAUGGCGACAACACAAUGUGCAAUCUGACUAGCGCCGACGGUGAUGAGGCGAGCGUUGAGUGCUCAACAAUGGCUAGCACCAUCAGUUCGGAAAAAUCGGAACUCCUCGGAAACGAGACGGCUGAUGGAAACGCAACAAUUCACUGCUCAAAGACUGAAUUCGGAUGCUGCCCUGAUUGGUACACUCCGGCCUCAGGAAAGAACAAUGAGGGAUGUGAUGAAUACAUUCUCGGAGCUUGUAACUCCACGAAGCACGGAUGCUGCCCAGAUGAGGUUACUCUCGCUCGUGGACCAAAUCUUGAAGGAUGCGGAGAGCCAUCGUGCGCCGCCUCCCUCUACGGAUGCUGCAAGGAUAGAAAGACUAUCGCCUUCGGACCACACUAUUCGGGAUGCGAGCGCUCCUCCUUCCCAUGCGAGCUGUCUGAAUUUGGAUGUUGUCCAGACGGUGAGACGGCCGCUCUCGGAAAGAAUGGAACCGGUUGUGGUGAGAAUUGCCUCAUCAGCAAGUACGGAUGUUGUCCCGACGGCAAGACGACCGCCAAGGGAUCGCACAACGAGGGAUGCGGUUGCGAGUACGCUCAAUUCGGAUGCUGCCCCGAUGGAAAGUCGCCAGCCAAGGGCGCCGGAUUCUACGGAUGUCCGGAGAGCUGCGCUCAGAGUCAGUUCGGUUGCUGUCCAGAUGGAAAGACCCGCGCUCGCGGCGAGAACAAGGAAGGAUGUCCAUGCCAGUACACUCGCUAUGGAUGCUGCCCAGAUGGUGAGACGACCGCGUUGGGACCCAGAAACGACGGAUGCGAUGAUUGCCACUACGCCAAGUACAGCUGUUGCCCUGAUGGAAUCACUAAGGCUCUUGGACCAAACAACGCUGGAUGCCCGUCGACCACCAUGGCGCCAUUCAUCCGUGGAGGAACCGCCGCCCCACAGAAGAUCGUCUCUUGCAGUCAGCCACAGGAUGCUGGAAAUGUUUGCGGAGCCGGCUACAAGCUCACCUGGUACUAUGACACUGCUGAAGGACGCUGCAAUCAGUUCUGGUAUGGAGGAUGCGGUGGCAACGAGAACCGAUUCGCUUCCAAAGAAAUGUGCGAGACGAUCUGCGUCGAGCCACCGGGCAUUGGAAGAUGCUACUUGCCAAAGAUCGAAGGACCACUUCGUUGCGAUCAGCCACAACCGAGAUACUGGUACGAUCACACCACCAAGCAGUGCGCCGCCUUCUGGUGGAGAGGAUGCCUCGGAAACUCGAACAACUUUGCCAGCUGGGAGGAAUGCAGCACUUUCUGCAAGAAUGUCGGACCAUUGGAAGAGGCUACCACCCCAUUGCCAGCCGUCACCGGACCACCACCACAGCGCUACUACCCAACCGCUGAGGUUCCAACCAUUCAAAUCGAAUCCGGAGUUCCACAAGCUCCAGCCGAGGAGAUCCGAAGACCAGUUGCCCCAUCCAUGGAGGAGGUUUGCCGCUCUCGUCAGGACGCCGGACCAUGCGAGUCAUACUCCGAACAAUACUUCUACAAUGCCUUCUCUAAACAAUGUGAGGUGUUCACUUACGGAGGAUGCGGAGGAAAUCUCAACAGAUUCCGCACCAUGGAGGAAUGCGAGCAGCGUUGCUUCUUCAUCCACGGCGGUCUUCCAGCUCAGCCAGCUCAGCCAGCAGCUCCUGCCGCUCCUGUUGCUCCAGUGGCCCCAGUUGCCCCCGCGGCACCACGCCAGCCAUCCAACAUUGUGAUCCCGCCAGCGGCCCACCAAACCCCAGCCGUCAUUAUUCCUUCGAAUAAGCAACGCGACGUUUGCCAUCUCAACGUCGAUCAUGGACGAUGCAAAGGAGCCUUCGACUCGUGGUACUAUGAGGUCGCUGCUGGUGCGUGCGUCUCCUUCAAGUACACUGGAUGCGGCGGAAACGCCAACCGAUUCCCAACCAAGGAGCAAUGCGAGGCGCUCUGUGUCAACUCGGCAGCUUCUGCCGACGCAUCGGCCAUCGACGGACCACCAGGAGCGAACUCGGUGUGCGACGAGCCAAAAGAAAGCGGACCAUGCAACAACUUCGCCACGAAAUGGUUCUACAACAACGCCGACGGAACGUGCAAUCGAUUCCACUACGGCGGAUGCCAGGGCAACAAGAAUCGCUUCGACACCGAGCAGCAAUGCAAGGCCGCGUGCAGCAACCAUAAGGACGCGUGCACAUUGCCAAAGGUGCAAGGACCAUGCUCUGGAAAACAUUCCUACUACUACUUCAACUCGGCUUCGCAACAAUGCGAGACCUUCGUUUACGGAGGAUGCCUUGGAAACACCAAUCGUUUUGCGACUAUUGAAGAAUGUCAGGCUCGUUGCCAACGAAAGAAGCAGGAGGUCGGCGAGACAACGACGCUUGAGAAGAUUCAGGAGCCUGUCAGCGCACCAUUGCCGUCGCUUUCAUUGAAAUACUCGUUUGCGCACAGCCUCCGUCGCGACUCUCCAUUCCGUCGGUCUGCCGAUCGCACCAAUGUCCGACAUGUCCAGACGCCGGCUAUUGAUUGCUACGCUCCAGCCGAUCCGGGAUCUUGCGAUGACUAUCGCUUGGUUUAUCAUUAUUCGGCGAAGACCGCCUCAUGCCGAUUGUUCUACUACGGCGGAUGCGCCGGCAACACGAAUCGGUUCGAGAAGAAGGAGCAAUGCGAGGCGGCUUGCAAGCACCAUGUUGAGGAAGACGGCGCGAUUGUUCGAAUCGAGAGCGUCACAGAGGAGUCGAAAUCACUGGAAGACGUCAAAAUCACCGAGGAGAAGAAUGACUGGCAUUUCCAGAAUAUGAGAGAGGAGAUGGAAGAGCAGGGUCACGUGCUCUCCGACACCGGAGCCCUUCCGGAGCUCUGUAUGCUACCUGAGCAGCGCGGAUCAUGCUUCGACAAUAUUCUUCGCUGGCGCUACAAUUCAGAACGCUCCGAGUGUGUUUCAUUCAUGUAUUCCGGAUGCAACCCGAAUGCUAAUCACUUUACUAGUCAGGUUAGUUAG